AUGGCCACCAACUCUGCCUCCGUCGUCCCCCGCUUUUACAGCUUCUUCUUCAAGAAUCUCGAUCCUCUUGUGGCGCUCUGGGGUGUCUAUCUCAACUUUGUGGACCCAGAUGCCGCGGUCAGGGCAUCUGCGCCGGCGUCUACGUACGACCCGAACCAGGUCUUCCUCUUCCACCAGACGGGCGGCCUCGCGCUGGCCAUUGCAGUCGUAUCGGCUGUGUUGCCCCGUUAUUCCCAGGACCUGGGCGUGUGGCGCAUCUUCCAAUUCGCCCUGUUCCUCUCUGACAUCGCAGGUCUGAGCGGCAUCUACAAUUCGCUGGCUAAUCAAGGCCGACUCAGCCCGUCAACCUGGACCUCUGACGACAAGGGAUUGGCCGGUACCUACGUUAUGCUCACCGUUAUCCGAGCGCUUUUUCUCCUGGGAGUUGGCUGUGGGAGACCGGCAGCUGCUAAGAAGUCUGCCUAG